GAAGUGAGUGGAAGCCAUGGCUAUUCUUAGCAAGCUGUCCGUAAUAUCUCAGUCUCGAGAUGCGCGACUGUUUGGAGCCACAUCUACAGCAGCCUUCCUCUAUUGGAUCUAUUGUGUGUCAAGAGAAGGUGGCCAGAAUAGAAAGCAGACAAAAGAUGAAGUCAAAUUUGUGGUUAACGAGUCUGGCCGUUCUGGUGACAGAAGAAGAGCACAAGUACAGGUUAACAGAGAAUUUUUUAAAUCUCUGAGGGGCAUUUUGCGAAUUUUGGUUCCGGGAUUUUGGACUGCUGAAUCUGGAUUCUUAAUUCUCGUUGCUGCCACACUUGUUGUUCGAAGCAUGUGUGACAUAUGGAUGAUACACAAUGGAACUCUCAUCGAGAGUUCCAUCAUCUCCAUGGACUUGAACCACUUCCUCAGGCACCUCGUCGAGCUUGUUCUUGCAAUGCCAGCUAUUUCACUGGUAAAUAAUGUUCUCAAGUAUGGGCUCAAUGAAAUGAAGCUGCGAUUCAGAACCAGAUUGUCCAAUCAUCUUUAUGACAGCUACUUGAAGGGCUUUACAUACUACAAAAUGAACAACCUGGAUAAUAGAAUUAGCAAUGCAGAUCAGCUGUUGACCCAAGAUGUAGAGAAGUUCUGUGACUCUGUAGUGGAGCUGUAUUCCAACAUCAGCAAGCCAAUUCUUGAUAUUUUGAUAUAUGUACAAAAACUGACUCAGGCCAUUGGUGGACAGGCUCCUGGUGUGAUGAUCCUUUAUCUCAUCCUUUCUGGAAGUCUGCUCACCCACCUGCGCCGUCCCAUUAGUAGGUUAACGGUUACCGAGCAGCGACUUGAAGGAGAGUUUAGAUUUGUUAAUUCUCGUCUUAUCACCAAUUCUGAGGAAGUUGCAUUUUACCAAGGAAACUCGCGUGAGAAGAAGAAUAUUGAUUCCUCAUUCAACAGACUUGUCAAUCACCUGCGUUCCUUUAUCUUCUUCCGAUUCAACAUGGGCUUCAUAGACAACAUUAUUGCUAAAUAUCUUGCUACAUGUGUUGGGUUUACUGUGGUGGCAUAUCCCUACCUCACACCAUCUCGAUUGGCAAACAGUGAUUACAAAACUAGAAUGCAGGACUACUACAAAAGUGGACGAAUGCUUGUGAAGUUGGCCGAGGCAAUAGGACGGCUAGUGUUGGCUGGACGGGAACUGACAAGAUUAGCUGGCUUUACAGCUCGAGUUCAGGAGCUCUUGACUGUUCUUAAAGAUUUAAAUACUGGAACAUAUAAGCGUACAAUGUUGGAAAGCAAAGCAAUCAAUGGUGUGUUGGGCAGACCUCUUAUUCCUAAUGCAGGAAAAGUCAUCAAUGAAGAUAAUGUAAUUCGUUUUGAAAAAGUUCCACUUGUUACUCCCAAUGGAGAUGUGCUGGUGGAAGAGCUAAAUUUUGAGGUCAAAUCUGGAAUGAACGUUCUUGUUUGCGGCCCCAAUGGUUGUGGCAAGUCUUCUCUCUUCAGGAUUCUUGGAGAGCUAUGGCCUGUAUUUGGAGGGUGUGUGACUAAACCCAGUGCUGGCAAGUUGUUUUACAUUCCACAACGACCUUACAUGACCCUCGGCACACUCAGGGAUCAGGUAACUUAUCCGGACUCGUAUGCUGAUAUGGUAGCUCGUGGAUACACGGAUAAUGACUUGAGAGAGCUUCUAGGCCGUGUUCAACUCUCCAACAUUUUGGAUCGAGAAGGUGGAUGGAAUGCGAUCGCUGAUUGGAUGGAUGUUCUGUCUGGUGGAGAAAAACAGAGAAUUGCUAUGGCACGUCUUUUCUACCAUAAGCCACAAUUUGCCAUACUGGAUGAAUGCACCAGUGCUGUCAGUGUUGAUGUUGAAGAUGGUAUGUACCAGUACUGCAGACAAGCUGGCAUCUCGCUCUUCACGGUCUCGCAUCGCAAGUCUCUCUGGAAACAUCACGAGUAUUACCUUCACAUGGAUGGCCGAGGAUCAUUCGAGUUCAAGCUCAUCCAACCGGACACUCAAGAAUUUGGUUCAUAGAUACGAUGCCCGACAUUGUCUUCAGUUGUUUGAAGUUGGAGAAGCAACAGUUUCCAAAGGAAUGGUGUUUGUCCAACUUCGUUACAAGCUCAGGCCCUAGUAAAUGUCAGUCACAGUUGUUAUUUAUAAAGCUUGUUAUCUUAUUUCCACUUGUGAUUCUUUUAACUGCUUUCAUUCUCAUUAAAAAUUUAAGACUGAGGUGAUAUAUAAUAUCACCUCAGUCUUAUGAGGUGAUAUUAUAUAUCAAACCAGUCUAUCAAUUUACAGUCCAUCUUAUAUAUCAGUCUCAGACUGAUAUAUAAUUGUGUUGGUUUUAUUAUUUUGAGGUAUAAGUAGUUAAAUGGUUUUAUUGAAUUCUUCUGGACAUUAAUGUCAUGCAUAUUGCUUAUCCUUGAGCAUUAUUUAUUUAUUUCUUAGAUAUUUGUUAAAUAUUUUAAUGAAAAUGAGUAAAUUCUUAACUAUUUGUCAUAAAUUAUGGAAAUAGAUAUGAAUCAUCAGAUUACAAGUCAAACUUGUAAAUACUUGUUAAAUCUGUGAUAAUCAUUUAAUUUAUUAGUUUGAGACUGAUAUUUUUCAGCAUGAAGAUGUUGAUCUUUCAACAACAUCUAAGGAAUAAGUGUUGGUAUGCAAGCAUUACUAUAAGCACAAAUACAUUAAAGGACUUGAGUUAUAGAUGGCAUUACAAGUCUUAAAAGAAAUAAUAAACAAUAACAGAAACCAUACAGAAUAUUAAAACUGCCAUUCAGGAUAAUUCAGUAUUUUUCAAUAUAGUUACGAUUCAGUGUAAUAUAUAUUUUUUUUAAUGAAAUCUCGUCUCCAAAUCAGUCCUAGGUCUUGUUCAUGUAGACUAGGUUAACUAUGUUUUCAGAAUGUACCCCGGUUUUCUAUACUACUAAUAAAAACUAACCCGU